UCCCCCGUGUAAGAGUGAGGUGGAGGAGGACAUUCCAGGAGAUGUCACCACAGAAAAUUCCGGCAAGAAUUCUGAGGGAAAGUUCAUGUUGUCGUUAAAUUAUAAAGCUGAAGAUGAAGACAUCAUGCAGCGCUCUGCAAGGGAAAACCUCAUUACCGUUAAUGUAUAUCCAGGACUUUACAGUGCAGAUCUAUUAUAUAAUCCCCUUAAUCAUGAGGAACCUUCUCCUGACCAAUCACACAAUAUUACCACACAUACAAAUCUGAAAGAAAGUGAAAGAUUUCAUUGUGGUAAAGAGUUCACAAAAAGCUCAGGUUUUCCCACACAAAGAAGAAUUCACGCAGGAGAGAAAGCAUAUCAAUGUUCAGUAUGUGGGAAAUGUUUUACAUAUAAAUCAUAUCUUGUUACACAUGAGAGAAUUCACACAGGAGAGAAGCCAUAUUCAUGUUCAGAAUGUGGGAAAUGUUUUACAGUUAAAUCAAAUCUUGUUACACAUCAGAAAUUUCACACAGGAGAGAAACGGUAUUCAUGUUCAGAAUGUGGGAAAUGCUUUACACAAAAAUCAGAACUUGUUACACAUGCGAGACGACACACAGGAGAGAAGCCGUAUUCAUGUUCAGAAUGUGGGAAAUGUUUUACACAGAAAUCAGCUCUUAUUACACAUGAGAGAAGUCACACAGGAGAGAAACCAUAUUCAUGUUUAGAAUGUGGGAAAUGUUUUACAUAUAAAUCAAAUCUUGAUACACAUGAGAGAAGUCACACAGGAGAGAAACCGUAUUCAUGUUCAGAAUGUGGGAAAUGUUUUACAUAUAAAUCACAUCUUGAUACACAUAAGAGAGGUCACACAAGUGAGAAGCCUUAUUCAUGUUCAGAAUGUGGAAAAUGUUUCACAGUCAAAUCAAGUCUUGUUACACAUGAGAGAAUUCACACAGGAGAGAAACCGUAUUCAUGUUCAGAAUGUGGAAAAUGUUUUACACAGAAAUCUAAUCUUGUUACACACGAGAGACGACACACAAAAGAAAAGCCAUAUUCGUGUUCAGAAUGUGGGAAAUCUUUCACAGUUAAAUCAGCUCUUAUUACACAUGAGAGAAGUCACUCAGGAGAGAAGCCGUAUUCAUGUUUAGAAUGUGGGAAAUGUUUUACAGAGAAAUCAUAUCUUGUUACUCAUGAGAGACGACACACGGGAGAAAAGCCAUAUUCAUGUUCAGAAUGUGGGAAAUGCUUUUCAGAUAAAUCAAAUCUUGUUAGGCAUGAAAGAAGUCACAGAGCAGAGAAGCCAUAUUCAUGUUGAGAAUGUUUGAAAAGUUUUAUACAAAAAUUAGAUCUUAGUAGAAAUCAGAUAAUUCAUAUGUGAAACCAUUUUCACAUAUUUUUAGAAAAUUGGGUUAUUCAUUGACCUUAAAGGGUCAAUAAGAAGGUUUAUUUUGGGGUGUAACUAUCCCAGAUCUCCUAGAUAACCAAAUUAUAUUUCCUUAAGGUCACUGUGACCAGGUCCAUGGAGGAAAAGUAUUGGGGAUAUAGGGAAGGGAAGAAGAGCCUUGUUUACUUCCAGAGCAGUGAAGAUGAAUUGUCCUCAUGAAUCUUGCUUCUUAUCUCUGUAUUCACACCUCCACCCACACUGUGGGUGAAUCCAGAGUGACAUGGGGAGAAGUAACGACACCCCAUGUAAUUGUUUUAUAAUGUAUGUGGACAUAUUAAUACAGUACUUGAUCAUGAUUCAAAUAGUCUUAAAAAGGAACUUGUGAACAUGGUGUCGAGCUGCAGACAGCUUGUUAUAGAGC